CAACACAUUACCCAUUAGUAUCUUAUACGUCUACAACCGCGUUCUUCAUUGUCGCGGGCUGACCGACAGUCAACUUUUGCAUUAUAUGAUUAUAUUUAUAGUAUAAGAUACUAAAAUAUAUAUCAAAGUAUAAAUUAAUUUUUCAAUUAAGUUUUUGUGCCGUAGACUCAGAAAAAGAGACUUAGCCGAAAUCGCGACCGCUCCAUCGAGAUUUGUUGCGAAAUAUAUGAUUAUUAACACGCGUUAUAUUAUAAUGUGUUAUAAUAUUAUGUUUUAAAAAUUAUAAUUUAAUUUAGGUGUAAUUGUCAGCCGAUCAGAUUCAAUCGGAUGCUGUCCACACAGCAACAGCUUCGACGAAACUGCGCCACUACCUCCUAUUGUAAUAUAUCAUUAUUAUURUAAAUUCCUUCAUGCGAGAAAUGUCUUUUAAACGUUUAACCACAUCGCCACCAUUGUGGAGUAACGUCAUUGUAUGCCUUUUAUAUACCUGCAAUUUUACUGCUGCUUGUUGGUGUGGUAAUCAAUAUCCCUCAGAAAAAUUCAAAAUAAGCGACGCAAAAUGUAAUGCCAUCUGUUCGGGUGACACGUCGAAAAACUGUGGUGGUUUGUGGAGACUGAGCGUUUAUUCUACUGGAAUCGUUGAUUAUCCACUACGAAAUUYGGUCGGAUGUUACAAUUUAGAAGGAUUCACUCGGUAYGACAAAAAAAUAUACAUUUUAAAGGAAACCAUUGAUUCGAACAGGUGUUUUUAUAUUUGCAACGAGAGAGGAUAUAAAUACGCGGGAGUCAACGAGGAUYAUUGUGAGUGCAGUGACGAAAUAUCAAGUGCAGACGAACGGAAACAGCCAGAAGAGUGUAGAAAAUGUCCCGGAGACGAAUCGGAAUAUUGUGGUGGUCCCGAUCGAAUUAGUAUCUAUGAAAAUGAUUGGUUUGGCAAGGUUACCGGAAAUCUAUCAAAUACUCAUUUUGGAUGCUUCGAAAACUCUUGGAUGUAUCCAGUGAUGGAUGGAUGGAAUAUAUCAUUUCCUACUGAAUUGAACUCACAAAAAUGUGCGUCUAGUUGUUUCACCCGAGGGUUUCCAUUUGUAGCACUAGUGUCUUCGACGAAGUGUAUGUGCAGUUUUGACAGUCCACCAGUCGAAGCCAAAGUCAAAGCGGGAGGACCUCAUUGCAAUGYCCCGUGUUCGGGUGGUACAGAAAGUGUGUGCGGCGAUCGUACCCACUACAACGUGUUUUCAACUGGCCUGAAAACAUCCAGGGUGGCYAGUGACCAUUACCUGGGCUGUUACGAGGAGACAGACGUGUACAGAGCGUUCAAGAAAAACCAGUCCAUCGAAUUUCCGUACGUCAACACGCCGAGAAUCUGCUCCAAGCACUGUGACAGAGCGGGCUACGAAUAUUUCCAACUAUCYAACAGGGAAUCGUGUUUUUGCGGAAACAGCCAUCCGGCGGAUGACGGUGCGGUACGAGUCGACGAYAACAAGUGUUCUGCUCAAUGCUCAGGUGACGCAAACAAGUAUUGCGGUGGAGUGUUUAAAAUCGCAGCGUUCCGUAUAGGUAAAAAUGGAACAAAUCCAUUAUCUUGGAAGAUGCGUGGAAACAUAGCGACAGGAAUAGCAAGAGGCUUACAAUUUUUGCACAAUGUUGAACCGUCUUUGAUCCAUGGCGAUAUAAAAAGUGCCAAUAUACUUUUGGACUCUAACCUUACGCCCAGAAUAGGAGAUUUUGGACUCGCUCGAACCGGACCGCUGCAGGAACAAAUUAACAAAAGCGUUGAAUUUGAUGUCAGCCACGUGUGUGGUACAAAGCCUUAUUUACCUGRAGACUUUUUCAGGAACAAAAAACUAUCGACCAARGUGGACACUUACAGUUUCGGUGUGGUGAUGUUCGAAAUCGCGACUGGUCUAAGAGCAUUCAAUAGAUACAAAAAUUACAAAUAUUUGGUAAGAUUAUGUCGUGAUGAAUAA